AGAAGAGGGGCCUAUAAAAUGAGUGGCCUUCAACGGUUCGCGGCUUAGUCCGAGUGCAGUCGCAGCCACAAAAGCAACAAAGGAUGAGGGUGAGGAUGAGCAUGUUCAAGAAUUCCAUGUGUUUCCUGCUGCUGCUGCUGCUGAGUGCGAGCCUGCAGCUGGGACUGGCCGCCACUGUUAUCUACCAUCAUCAUCAUCAUCCUCCGGUGAUCUAUCAUCAGCCGCUGCAGGAGCAGCAUCCUGGCUACACCAUUGUGGCGCCCCUCACCAAGAUUGCCCAUGUCACCUACGACUCGGUGCCCAUCUCGCACACCCCCUUCGAGCAUGUGCCCCUCUUCCAGCGCAUUGGCCAUGUGAAGAGCGUCCGAGUGUAGCCAGCAGAGCAAUCGCCAGAGGAUAAAAGAACUCGCAAUAAAUAGAUUUAAAAUGAA